AUGGUUAAAUUAACUCAAAUAGAUGAUGCAACUCAAACUACAUAUCCAGAUGGUACUACAACCAUAAAUAAAGUAGAAAUUAAUGAAUUUGAUGAAUCAGAUUCAGAAUUUUCAGAUGAUGAAGAUGAUUUUGAUUAUUCAAAUGAAACAAUAUAUGAUAGAAUAAUAGCUUUAAAAGAUAUUAUAUCACCACAACAAAGAGAUAAUAUUUCAAAAUUUACAUCAUUAAUUUCAAAUUAUUCAUCUAUAAUUGCUAAUAAAAGUGGUACUUUAUUAUGGGGUUUAACUUCAAGUUCUUUAUUAUUAGGAGUUCCUUUAGCUUUAGCUAUAUUAUCAGAAACUCAAUUACAAGAAAUGGAAAAAGAUAUGAGUUUACAAAAAUCUGCUCAAGAUGUUUUAGCUCCAGGUAGUGAAGAUGCUUUUGGUGAAAAGAAAUAA